CACUCGGAUGGUCUUUGCUGUAAAUUAGGUCCUCCAUGCCCACGUUCCUACAGUCCCCCAGUUCAGUUUCGUGAUUUCGAAGUCAACCGAGCCAGUAUUGUGCUAGGGCGCAGAUUAGGUCACGGCAGCUUUGGUGAGGUUUAUCUAGCUACUUGGAAUAAUUCCGUAAAUGUUGCCGUAAAGAAACGUCUUGCUACUACAGAUCGAGCAAGAUUUAUAGAUGAAGCUAAAGUGAUGCAUAAACUUCAUCAUCCCAGGAUCGUUCAGUUGCUUGGUGUUUGCACAGAGCCAGAAGAUGAGCCUGUAUAUAUAAUCACUGAACUCAUGGAAAAAGGAGCAUUGAAUGACUUUCUGCACACAGAAGAGGGUCAGGCCCUAACCCUAGAUGAUCUCAUAGAUAUGAUGGCUCAGAUCUCAUCGGGGAUGUCAUACCUUGAGGAGAACAAUUCUGUCCACAGAGACCUUCGUGCUGCUAACAUCCUUGUUGACAGAGAUAAUUCUGUUAAGGUUGCUGAUUUUGGCCUGGCUAAAAUAAUGAGCAAUCAAGACCGAGCCGACCGAACGAUUUAG